CGUCCGGCCGACUCGAAGCUUAUUCGAGCCCCCGCGGAUAUUCGCGAUUUAAUAUACAAACGGACGUUACGUAUACACGCGUAUACUCUGGUUGUACACACACGAUAGGGGUGGUCGUACGUGUAUACAUAUGCAUGUACGCAUUAACUCGGGGGUGGACAUAUAACAACAACACAAGGUACUGUUUAAUCAACACACCGACGACACGCAUCUCGGCGUGUACACGCGUGUGAUCGGCGCGUAUGCGUACAUGCGCCGAUAACGCGAAUGUGAUGCGCCACGCAUGUUGAGAAAAGCCGUUGCUUGGUAUCGGCCUAUAACGCGCCAUCAGAAUGAUCCAUCGACCCUCGAUGAGUCGUUUGAUGAUGAUGACAGUAGAGCUAUUUGUGAGGAAAUUGUAAAUCGGGAACCAGUUCCGGGGGAGAGGAGGAAGGGAACGAAGGUGGUGGUGAGAAAGAAGAAGAAAAGGAAGAGGAAGAAAAUAAGAUAAUUGUUUAAAUAAAAAUAAAAGUUAAAAAAAUAAAAUAAAAUGCUGGCGUAAAUGAGAAAGAAAGUAUCCCGACAAGAGGCAUUACACAUACACUGAGUAGCACGUGCGUCGAGUGGUUGAAGUGGUCUACUCUACUACUGGCGUCGGUGCAAGAAGAAGAAGAAGAAGUGCAAGAGUAAACACACCGUUUAAGUUGCUCAGUUAGCCAAUGAAUUUCCUUAAUUUCUCCAAGACAUUUCUCCACGUGGAUUACAGUUGUGUGAAGUUGAAGCAACGGCUUAGAAUUGUGAAAGCUAACGUGAAAUAAAAUUGAUUGAUCGAAAUAAAGUGGAUUUUUUAUAAUAGGGAGGUGUGUUCUCCCUUUUAGUGACUAGUGUCAAUGGUGUUUAAUUAUUUAAUAUACUCGAUUAUUAAUAACUACAGUGAUACAUGUAAUGAAUAUUUAUUAUUAUUGUUAUUUUUAUUAUUAUUUAUCAAAGCUUUUUGACGAGAGACUGAAAUCUCUAGAGCAAUGCACCUCUAUCCAAGUAUACUGUCCCGUGUAAGACGGGAUCCCGUUUGAAAAUUUCCCAGUGGCUUGGAUUUGAAGGGUGUUUAUUUACUUCGUGGUGUUUUUCAGACGGUAUUGCAGCCGUCGGAAGAAGGAAAACGUCAAGAGAAUCAAUUGAAUAUAAUCUUAUAGCCACUAAACAGACACGGAGGGAUGUCGAGAAGAAAGCAGGCACGACCUAGCCGUGCCAACCUUGAAGAGGAUCUGGUGCAUGGACCUCUGCGAAAUAAUCCUCUGUCGAGUCUCCAAGAUCCACUUACGACACUACAGGAUGACAAUGAUACAACGUCAGAGGGUGAAGACAGCAGUGGUGGAGGAGUUGGUGGGGAGGAAGCAGUAGAUUUAACAUCAAAUCGAUCUCAUCAAGAAGAUGAAGAUGAACGUGAACCUGAAGAAUUACCGAUGGAAGAGGACGAGGAGGAGGCAGUGGAUGAGCAAGAAGAUCAGGAGGAUGAUGAUGAAGGUUCUCGAAAGCAAAUGAGGAAUCGUCAAGAUGCAGAGAACAACAACAGUUUCAUUGAGAGUGGCACGUCAAGCGGGAUAUUUGCCACGCCUGCAGGCACUAGUCAUGUCACUCUCGAAGCAUUACAAAAUACCAAGGUCGCAGUGGCACAAUUUGCAGCGACUGCAUUGGCUGGUGGUGCUGAUAGUGAAGCGGCUUUGCAGGAUCUUGCUCUUCUUCAGAGCACCCUUUAUACUCUUCAACAUCAGCAGGUAUUCCAGUUACAAUUGAUUAGCCAACUGCAACAGCAGUUGUCUAUCACUCAAGGAGCAAGUACUGGAAGUCAAACGACUGCUCCAGAACCAGUGACUGAGACUAAAGAAGUGACUACGCCUCCAUCUCCCUUAAUUCAUCCCAAGUCUUUAUCCAGUCUCACAUCACCACCUUCUUCACGACCGUCAAGUCUUCAAGCAUCGUCACCUUUGACUGUACCAAGCAUUACUCAAGAACGUCCAGUAGGAUCAAGUAGUACAUCACCUGUAAGUCUGAAUAUUCCUACGGUAACAGGAAUUAUUUCGACUGGAACUUCAACCACCUCAACUAGUGUUAACACCAGCACUACAGUCAGUAAUACUAGUACAAGUGUUCAGACAGCUUUGUCUCAUCAAAUGCCAUCACUUUGCUCCAUCAGCUCAUCCCUUGCUUCGUCCAUCAUUACCAACAAUGACCCGGUGCCGCUCAACGAGCCAAAUACUCUAGAGAUGCUACAAAAAAGAGCACAAGAAGUAUUAGAUAAUGCAAGUCAAGGCCUUCUUGCAAAUAACCUUGCAGAUGAACUUGCGUUUAGAAGUGGCAAGGGUGGCUCACGUCUCUCUCCUUACGAUUCAAAGUCUGCAAGUGGUCGUGGCGAGCCCUUCUUCAAGCAUCGGUGUCGGUAUUGCGGCAAAGUCUUCGGCAGCGAUUCAGCCCUUCAGAUCCACAUAAGAUCCCACACAGGUGAGCGUCCCUUUAAGUGCAACGUCUGCGGAAGCCGAUUCACCACCAAGGGAAACCUCAAGGUCCACUUCCAGAGGCACACGGCCAAGUUUCCGCACGUAAAGAUGAAUCCAAAUCCUGUGCCCGAACACCUCGACAAGUACCAUCCUCCUCUGCUCCAGCAGCUCGCGGCUUCCGGUCAGAGACCCCUCCCGUCUCCGCCGCCCCCAUCGGCACCGCCUACCGCGGGAUCGGUGCCGUCGUCGCAUCACGCUUCGUUUCACCCGGCAUCGGCCCACGGUUUUCUCCCACCUCAACCUCCUCUGCCCUUAAGUCUUGCCCUUCCAGCCGUCGCUGUUGCAGCAGCCGCGGCUGGCAUGCCAACCCUUUACCAUCGGGGAUCCAUCGUUAGUCAUCGCGAUGAUCAGGACAUACCAGAAAACCUGAGCAAAUCAACUAACACCACAUCGUCGACAGUUUCUAAUUCCACAACAUCAACUACUGUAACGACUACAUCUGCGACGACAUCAACAACACCACCUAUGUCGAUGCAUUCACCAAGAUCACCUGCCUCGAUUCCAACAACGACCAGCAACAUUAUAUUUUCCAAUUCACAUCAUUCCUGUCAAGAUACUCAACGAGCAGAACUGAAACGAGAACAACCAUCACCUUUUCCUAAUCGACCAAGCAGUCGGGGUGUAGACGAGACAAUAACACCGAAAAAGGAACCAGAAGAACCAGUUGAUGAACUUGCAGAGGAUGAAACUGAUGAAUUCGAACCUCCAUCUCCAAGACGAUACUUGGAACGUUCUUCGCCAAUACCUAAUAAUCCAAUGAUCUCACAAAAUCAACCUUAUGAGGACUGCAGUAUGGAUAGUAAAACUAGUGGACGACUGGAUGCUGAUGGAGAGAUGGAAGGAGAUGAAGAAAUGGAGGAACAACCAGAAAAUCUUUCCAGUAGAGGUACCAAUAGUCGUUUGUGUCAACAGACAAUGAACUAUCCUGGUGCCUCGCCGGCGAGUAGCACCGCCAGUAGUGGAAGUCUUCAAACCUCCUUUGCAGGACUUCUUUUUCCUUCUGCCCCACCCAGUCAUCAACAGUCAUUGCCUCAUAUUCCAUCAUCCAAUACUACAACAGCAUGUACUAAUACUAGUGAAAUGAUGGUUGAUCCUGCAAAAGAUCCUGCUAUUUAUUCCAAUUUAUUACCUCGUCCUGGAAGUAAUGAUAAUUCGUGGGAGAGUCUUAUUGAAAUCACAAAAACCUCAGAAACAUCCAAGCUUCAACAGCUCGUUGACAAUAUUGAGCAUAAGCUUACUGAUCCAAAUCAGUGCGUCAUAUGUCAUCGAGUACUGUCGUGUAAAAGUGCUCUUCAGAUGCACUACAGAACGCACACAGGCGAACGACCGUUCAAGUGCAAAAUUUGCGGGCGUGCAUUUACCACAAAGGGUAAUUUGAAGACACAUAUGGGUGUACAUCGAGCUAAACCACCACUACGAGUACUUCACCAAUGUCCAGUGUGUCAUAAAAAGUUCACUAAUGCACUGGUACUUCAACAACACAUACGACUUCAUACAGGAGAGCCUACAGAUCUCAGUCCGGAACAAAUUCAAGCAGCGGAAGUUAAUGAAUUCCCACCAGGAUAUCCAUCACAUCCACUGGCAUCAUUUCUUCCGCAAGGUUUCCCGGGACUCCAUCCCGGUCCAGGCACAUUUCCACUGGGGUUUUCCCCUUCUCGACAUCCAGCAUUAGAACGACAUAUGCAAGACAAUGAAAUGGACAUGAAAGACAUGACUAUUCAGCAGAAAAAUCUUCAUAUUCAACAUCAACUCCAACAACGACGAUAUUUAGACGAUCAAUCGGAAGACAUGGAAGACCAAGAAGAUGAUGACGAAGACCACAGAGAGGAUGAUGAACGAUGCGAAGAUUUACGAGAUCAUCAAAAACAAAAUGAAAUAGAAGAAGAUAUUGAUAAUGAGCGAGAAGAAAAAGAACCACCAAUAACAUGCUUUUCAACUUCUCUUGCAGCACUGGAAAAUCAAGUAAGAACAAUAACGACAAUAGCUUCUGGAGGCUUAAUUACUCCAGGUGGUUCUACAUCACCUCUAGAUCGAUAUAACAGCAGUGAAAAAAGCACUAGUCCACCAAGCUCAAUAGCAGGUGCUCCACUUGAUCUAACGCCUCGUGCUUCCUCCACCCCCGGUUCAGUAGUCUCUGCAUCGACACCACCACCACCGCUACCACCACCGCCCCUGCAUCAUCCACAUCCUUUCGGGAUGUUUGCAGGCCUCUUGCAAGCAGUAUCCUCAUCAUCAUCACCUUCAAUCAACAACAUUCAAGCUGCUACCAGUGCAAUUAACAGCGUUGCAUCGAUAAAUCCAGUUAGUCCAGGUGGCAAUAAUGGCGGAGCACUAGCUUCUCUAACGACGUCCGCUGUACUUGCCGCAUCCUCGACCUACAAUCCGCUCGGCCUCGCUGUUGGAGGGCCAGCAGUACGUGGCAACACAACGUGUAAUAUCUGCUACAAAACAUUUGCAUGUAACUCCGCACUGGAGAUACACUAUCGAAGUCACACGAAGGAGCGACCAUUCAAGUGCAGCAUUUGUGACAGAGGCUUCUCCACCAAAAAUGACGACUCGGUAAUAAGAGCGUGUAACUGCUUGGACUCCCGAGAUGUUGUAACCCCGCAAGAUGAACCAGUUCCUAAACCAAAACGCAAACGACGGAGGGCCGAGGAGAAGAAGACCCGGGGGCGGUCAGGAAGCGGAGGGCGGUGGGCUCUGUCGUCUUCGUGUCCUGCUGUCCACUUGCCCCCGCUGAUGUCUCCCGCCCUCGGACUUCUCACCUCGGACCACGUCUUCUUGGGUAAUAUGAAGCAACACAUGUUAACCCACAAGAUUCGAGAUAUGCCAGCACACUUAUUCAGUGAUGGUAAGCAACCUGGACAACCUCCACGAGAGCAACAACCACCACCACCUCAGUCACAACAAUCUCAACAACAGUCAUCGCCAUCAUCACAACUACAACAGCAACAACAGCCACCACCACCACCACCACCACAACCACCAUCACAGCCACCAAUUCAACAGCAGCUUCAACAGCACCAAGAUCCGGAAAACUCACAAAAUUCAAUGAGUACUGAUGAGUCAAGUCUUCCGCCUCCACCACCACCUCCUCCUCCACCACCGCCACUUCCACCUUCGUUGCCUCCGUCUCCACUAGAGUCACCGGUGCCGGUAAAACGAUCACCACCGGAAGGUGAUCUUCCAGCACCAAAAAGACCCAGCAUGUCCAGCAAGCACUUGUGCCAGGUUUGCAAUAAGAAUUUCUCCUCAUCCUCGGCGCUCCAGAUCCAUAUGAGAACGCAUACGGGUGACAAGCCCUUCCGAUGCACCGUCUGCCAGAAGGCCUUCACCACCAAAGGCAAUUUAAAGGUGCACAUGGGGACCCAUAUGUGGACAAACGGAGCUUCUCGACGCGGACGACGAAUGUCACUGGACCUACCACCACUACCCAUCACACCCAAGGAUUCGGAGUUCCUUCAGCGCCGACCGGAUCUCUUUUAUCCAUAUCUACCCGCGCCGUUCCUUAACGGAGUUCAGCAGAAACUGAACGAGAUAUCGGUGAUUCAAAGUAACAACGGACUGCCUGGAACGCACCCAGUGAAUGCCAGCAAAUAUGCAGGACUUUUUGGAACAAUUUACGGUGGAACUGCUGGAGGAUUUCCAAUGGAAAAAUCACCAAUGGCAGCAAGUAAUGGUCCCUUGAGUGAUGGAAAACCAGUGAUACCUUCAGGUUCAAUGCUGUUCCAAACACCAUCACCAUCUCAUUCACCUGGAACACCAUCUUCCAAUACUGGCAAUCAAAACUCUGCUAGUGUUCCAGCAUGGAGUGGUGAUAGUCUUCAGCAUCAUUUUGAACGAGAAGGUCCGUCCAGAUCGGAAAAUAAUUCUACACCACCAACAGCACGUUUGCCAACAACUUCAGCUCCAAGAGGUGAAGGUUUAGCAGCGUGAAAUUAUCCAAUUACACUUCAUCUUUUACAUUGUAUUGAUUAAUUCAUUAUUUAUCAUGCUGAUUCCCAAAUUCCCUCAAUGAGUAUAUUUUUUUUAUCAAUUAUUCAUUGACAAAAUUCUCAAUUUGAUAAAAAAUAACAACAAAAAAUCUGUUAACGUGAUAUCAUUUUUAUCACACUAUUGAAGGUAGUUUUUUUUUAUAGAAAAAAAAUUGUAAGAUCAAAUUAAGAGUUUAUAUUAUGCAUUUCCUUUUAGAAAAAUCUCCCUGAUGAUGAGAGUAAUAGCUCGAUUAAAUGCAUUUUUAAAUUUGAAAAAAAAAGUCAUAAUGUUUGAUUGAAAAUAGACUGCAGAAUUUUCUUAAAAUGUUUGGAAGAUAUUGAUAUGUUCCUAUAAAACACUAGUCUUUUAAAAAUAAAUAAAA